AUGGACUUUCCCACCGACAUAGCGGAGUUUGACAAGGAUCCGCGUAUCUCUUACUCCAAGUCCGAUGAAGCCUGGCUGCUGGAGACAGGCGGACGUGAAUUCUUGUACAACCCUAUCCUCAAGCGAUGGGUCGAAACGAUCGACGAGGAGCUUAUUCGUUUGCAGCAAUCGGGCUUUCAGUACAAGGGCGAGAUCAAGCCUGAUGCUCCUCAUCCUCGUGACCGCAAGAAGCGGAAGAAUUCGGCGGACGAGGCCAACAGUUCCAAGCCUAAGAAGCCCCGUGUGAACACCGCCGUCUGGGUCACCUCGGUUCCCCUCGACGCCACGAUGGAGGAAAUUCGGGACACAUUUGCCAGGUAUGGAGUGCUUGCUGAGACACUCGACAGUGGAGAGCCGCGUAUCAAAAUGUACUGCGAUGACGAUGGCAAAUUUAAAGGCGAGGUCCUUGUUGUGUACCUUCGUCCGGAGUCGGUGGCCCUCGCGAUUUCAAUGCUCGACGAUACGGAUUUCCGAUUGGGUAUCUCUGAUCCAUCUGGAAAAAUUCGCGUCGAAGAGGCGGAUUCCUCCUACAAGCGUGAGCAGUCCGCGUCGGCCAAGCUUACCAGAGCGGAGAAGAAAAAAAUUGAGGAGUUAAAGGCUCGACAGGAAAAGAAGCUUGCCGAAUGGAGUGACGACGAAGAAACUCAUGUCCUCAAGAAGAAGCCCUCUGAGUCUGCCAAAUUUGUUGUUUUGAAGCACAUGUUUACGCUGCAAGCGCUGGAGGACGACCCAGCCGCGCUUCUUGAAAUUACAGAGGAAAUUCAUAGUGAGGCCUCUAAGAUUGGCGACGUGACCAAAGUCGUGCUUUACGAUGAGGAGCCUGAGGGUGUCGCUCAAAUCCGUUUUGUGGACCCUGCUGAUGCAAUCCGAUGUGUCCAAUUUAUGAACGGGCGCAGCUUCGAUCGCCAACGUGUUGUGGCAUACAUUUGGGAUGGCAAGGAAAAGUUCCGGAAGUCCCGUAACAAGCAAGCUGUAGGAUCGGACCCGGAAGAUAUCGAUGACGCCGAAGUCAAACGACUUGAGAAAUUCGGAGCCUGGCUGGAAGGCCGUGAGGCUGAUAACGCCGAGGUCAAGGCCAGCCAUGAGACUAAUGUCAGCAACGCGAUUAUGCCCAACGUCGAGGCCAGUGCUAGCAUCAAGGCCAAGGAUACCGCCGAAGCCAAGGCCACAGCCAGCGGCAAUGGUAGGGCCACCAGCGAGACCAAGGACAGCAGCGACAACUAA